AACCCACUCGACAAACUCACCAAGGACGAGUUCAGAACGGCAAGGUAGCCAUGCAUACUUCAUCUGACCAAGCAGUUCGACGUCCCCUGUGUGUCUCCGUCUUCCCUUUUUUUCCAAACUGAUCAUAUGCGAGAUUAUUCUGGCGACUGACAUGAAGAAACACUUCGAGUUUGUUGCCAAGUACAGAGCGCAUUUCGCCAAGUACCUCACCAAGGAUCCCCCGGCGAUAGAGAGCGACAGCGACUCUGCAUCAAGGUUGGGGCUGAAGUGGGGAUCGACAAAUGACCUGGCCUACGACUGGCCGUCGAGGCUGCUCAUGUUCAAAAUGCUCACGAAAUGCGCCGACCUCGGACACGCCGGUAAACCUGCUGUCUCACUGAUUUCUCCGGUCCUUGUGGUUGACAGGUGGGGCCAAUUGUGUCUCAGGAAAGCCGCGAGAGCUGCAUGAACAGUGGAGCGUGGCGAUUGCCGAGGAGUUUUUCCGUCAGGGAGAUCUGGAGAAAGUGGAGGGGCUUCCGGUCAGCCCCCUGUGCGAUCGGGACGAGGUGGUGUUCGAGAAGAGUCAGAGCGAAUUCAUUCGCGUGAUCUGCAUCCCGUUGUUCUCUGCGCUGGCGGACGUUGUCAAGUGAGCCAGUGUUGACAGAGCGACGCAGGUACUUCAUCGUGGUUGAUCUUUCCUUGCAGGUGUCCUAGCAUUGACAAGGCCUUGAUGCAGCAGGCCAGACAGGUGAGACACGACUUGAGGACUCGAAAGAGACUCCAGCGCCAUCACAUGCGCUUUGCCUUGCGCUUUGGAUGGGCAGAAUCGAUCUCACUGGCAGUGGCAGAUCCUAUGCCUGUCUGCUUCUGUUGACAAAGGACGAUCCUCGAUCUGCGGGGACAAAGAGAGAGACACCAGCACCAGGCGUUCGAAGAAAGGCAUGCCCCAGUCCCUUCCGGCCACCACAUCAGGCAACAACAGCAACAAUAACAGCCGGGAGAGCGUCAUUUUGGAGCACAUCCGCAAAAAAGCCCUCUUCCAUCAGGAGGCCAAGAGCGACGCGAAUCGGUGGAGCUCCUCAGCCUUGAAACUGCCGGGAUUUGAAGAAACGGACCUCUUGGCGAGCCAGGCCAAUCCGCAAGGCAGAUACUCAUUGCGACGGAGUAGCUCAUCUGACGGGUCGUCUCGUUCGUCAUAUGCUGAGGCGGGCGACCUGAGCCUGCUCCAGCAGUUCUUCAGGUCACUUCAGAACACACAGUCUCUCUGUUUCUCCACGCGUUCGUCUGUGCGUGCAGACGUCAAUCCAUCUCGCAAGAGGUGCCGUUUGGCAUGGCAAAGACAACCACAGCAGCGAUGAGCUACAGGCACGACGGCGACCCUGAAGUGGCGGGCAAGGCAGAACAACAAAGGGACGCCGAGAUAGAGAUGAUGAAGGAUGCCCUGACGGCUUACACAAAAUCCAGCACUCAGGAAUCAGCUGACCAGGAGGCCAAUCGAGCAUCAUCUGACCUUCGAUCGAGGCGGCGAGCCGGCGACGUUCGCAAGGGGCAGUGAUUGAGUGUAUCAGUAGGCAGGCAAGGCACCUAUAGCCUUUGUCCCUGGGCUUGGUUUGGUCAUUCAAAG